AUGCGUUUAUUCGUUGGUUACAAAUCAUCAAAUCAAAGCUUUAAACAAUUAGAAGUAGAAACCGAAAGAGGUGAUGCCGGUUAUCUUCAGAUGGAUUGCGCCCGUGAAUCUUUCGCAUUUGCAACAUAUAAACCAAAAUCAGAAAGGAAAGUUAAAAAGUUUGUUCAUUCGUUAUAUAAUAAUGUUCAAAAAUAUGAUAACUCAGUAUGUGGUAAAUAUAUUGACCCUUCAGAAGUUUUCAAGAGAGCAAAUGAAGAAGUUGAUGUCACUUUUGAUAUGAUUAUUCCGGUAAAUGAUUUGUUAGCAUUUCAGGCGUUCGAUGAUUAUCCUAAAUCAUUUGGUGAUAUCAUUCUUAAAUAUUAUGUUUUCAGGGAUACUUUAGUAUUUUGUCAGGUUGACCCGUUAAGAGUUGCUGAUUUACAAAAUUACGUUUAUGAAAAGAUAACUGA